CACUGACGAUACGCGAAUGUAAAGGUGAAGCUUACCGACUUGCAGUGACAUCAGUGUGAAGCAGCAUCAACGGCAAGCAAUAAAACAACACCUAGAAAGUGAGGUUAAUUUAGGAAAAACCAGAUCGUGCACCGAUGGGACUGUAGCCUCGACGCGAAACAAGUGUGUGCGUGUAGCGCGAAAUUUAUGAAAACAAAAUAAACAUGGAGAGUGACACCAAAUCGGCUCCGGACUCCGCAGAAGUGUCUCUGCGCAGCCCUGGAGAGCCGGAAACGACCAUACUGGAAGAGCAGCGGACGGGUAUCGUAGCUAAGCUGAGUGCUGCAUCGGCUGCCGUUGCUGUGGCGGCAUCCGAAAAGUCCACCACCGAUCAGAGCACCUUUGCCGAAAAUUUGGAGAGUACGCUCAAGGAGAAGAACGUUCCGAUUCAGAAAAAACUCUCCCAUGAGGAGGAUGAAGGUGCGGAGGAGGAGGAGAUAGAGGAAGAGGUUGAAGAAGAGGUUGAAGAAGAGGAGGAAGAAGAGGAGGAGGAAGAGGAAGAGGAGGUGUCUGUAGAGGAGCAGAAGAAAACAGUUGAUCCACAGCCUCCGGUAAGUAAGGUGACGAACGAAGAGCCUGUGAAACAACUGCCAGUCGAGUCAACGCCAAGUGCGCAAGAUAAGGAAAAAGAUGAUCCAGCUGUUGGAGACACUGUAGUCGACGCUUCUACUAAGGACGCGCAAACCCAAGAGCCUAAAGAAGAAAAGAAAGGAGAUCCGUCCAUUGACGUACCAGAUUCAUCGAAGGCGUUGUCGCUGGAAGUUGCUGCUGUCGGAGCGCCAGCCAGUGACCAAGAAUCAACGCUCGAGUCGAAAGAGUAUGGCGAUAAGCCGAUGGUGCCACCGCAGACUUACCUCUGGGAGGAGGUUAAGAAGUCCAAGGAACAGGGAGGGUAUCCAUGGACUCAUUUGUACAAAGGAGACCUGGAGGAAGGUGCGGAAGGAGCACAACCGCCAACGGUCGAAUCACCUGCGUCGAACCGGCGUCGUAAAGGCGAAGAGCAAACCGUAGAGGAGGAAGAACUUUCAGCCGAAAAGAAGGUUAAGGUACAGAAUGGAGAACAUCGCCCAACCGAAGACCACCCGAUGGAUGUCGAUGAGGCGACCACAUCGAAUGGACAUUGCGAAGAGCCACAGGCAGAUCAGAUUACCGAAGGAGGACCAAGCGAAUCGAAGCCACAGUCUCCACGACGCAGCAGAAAGCGUGCAGCGUCCCACGAACCGGAAACGGGGAGUCGGCAUUCGGUUAAGGAAGAGAUCAAACACUUUCUCGAUGGGCAUCCGUCUAUUCGCAGCUUUAGCAACAGUCUCACACGCCAGGGCAAGAAAACGCGCACCUUUGUCAGCCGCUCGCUGGAACGGGCCAAAUCGAUGGCCGAUCGGCAGAUCGAUCGUGCCCGCGUGCAGAUGAACACUCUGCGCCGCAAGAAGGCUGCAUCGGAGCCGCGUGGAUUUCCGGAUCAAAAGAUUCUGAAUCUGCGGGAAUCGCCACGGUUGAACAACCGCGAAAUUCCAGCGUAUGUUGUGCGUCAACCGAGUGACGAGGUGAUUGAAGUAGUGGACGAAGAUAAAAUUGUAAAGGUAACGGUGGAAACGGAAGCAUCCAAGAGUACCGUGGUUGUGCCGGAUGAAAUUAUAGAGCUAAUGCAGGAUAAAGCGGUUCAACCUGCGGAAUCGGUGGAAGAACCACUGAUGGUCGUGGAGGAUGAUCGAUAUGAAAUAAUUGAACCACCAAAGACGGAGGUUGUCGCAAGCAUCGAACAACAACCAGCACCAGUUGUUGAGUCUCCGAUCGUACCCGUGAAAGCCAAACCACCGCAGAAAGCGCCGCGCAAGAAGAAGGAACAUCAUUACGAAGAUAUUGAAGAUUUUGAGCCGCAAUCGACGAAGGACGCUACACCGGAACCCACAGUGCCGGGCGUAGAUCAAAAACUACAGCGUCAGGAACAUAUCAAGGAAGAAGGGUUAGAUCCCAUCAUUGGAGAAAUGCUGGGCAAUGACAAGAUCAAGAUAUCGCUUCAACUUCAGGACGAAAAGUUCGUAGACGACAUGUUCGGUCGGAGAAAGCAUCUGGACGAGAUACUGCAACAAUCGUCCGAAGACGAACGGGAAAAGGAACCGGUGAAACUAGCGAGCAAAGGUCUGCUUGCACCCAUAUCAUCGAUCGAUUCGACGUCCUCGGACGAGGAGGCUCGCCGCUCUCAUCUCAGCACACUGGCGGAGGAAAGCGAUACGGCCAGCAUCGAUGGAGGUACUCCGUGCAAGAAGCAGGACUCGCUGAAAGAUUCGGAGCUUCCUCCGGUGGAAGAGUGCAGUAAAGAGUUGGAACUAACGCCUGCCGAGGAACAUCUGCUAAUGGAAGCGGAAAAGACGAAUGCGGACCGUUCGCCCAAACAGGACGCAGGUCAACCGGCAGCUACGGCAGAACCGGAACCGGCUGUACCAGUGGUGGACACGGAACAACCGAAGGUUGACACUCGUUGGUCAAAAAUGAGUGAUCACGAGUACGAGCCCAUUGGAGAACCGGUUGAUGCCGGCAAGCCAUCUACCAAGGAUGGGUUGUUGGCCGUGUCCAGCAAUGUUCAACAGCAACCGAACGGCCAGAAUCGUAAGCUGUCAAAUGCUUCGUUCCUACGCGUUCCGGGCAACGAUGAGGGCGAUACGAUCAGCAUGGAAGAGCUCCAAAAGUCAAUCGAAGAUCGCUACUUCAAUCUUCCCACAGAUGCUGCAGCUCCCGAAGGUGCAGAAGGCACGACGGCCGCAUCUGCCGCAUCGGAACCACCGAACGAGAAGACAAGCAAAGUGAAGGCGGCAAUGGCGAAGGCUCAAAACAGCGGCAAACAGGCGAUGGCUAAGGCACAGGAAAGUGGCAAACAGGCAAUGGCCCGUGCACAGGAAGGUGGCAAAACGUUACAGAAGAAGCUAAUACAGCAGACCGAUCGCUUCAAGACGAAGAUGUCCAACAUUAAGCUAAAGAGCAGUAAAGAAGUGGCUCCGCUAGCAAGUCCGGAGAUAGUAACAACUCCCGAGUUGGAGAAGUUGGACUUUACGCUGGCCGUUCCCAAGGAUGAAGAGCAGCCCACACAGGAGCCAGAUGCUGAAGGAUCACCUGUCGUGCCGGUAGAAGAAGCUGCAGCCGUAGCGGGAGAGGAUGAAGCCGCUCCCACUAAGAGUGGUACUAAAUUUGGAAAGCUUAAGAACAUGCACAUGCCGAAGCUUCAAAAGCCUGAGUUCAAGCGUCCAGAGUUUACAAAAAUCUCCAAACCGAAGAUGCCGAAGCUAAAGACACCCGAUAUGUCUAAGUUCAAGCGCCCUGAGAUGCCCAAGUUCCUUACCGAGAAGCCCGACUUUAGCAAGAUGAAGUCGGACUUGGCGAAGAUUAAGCUACCACGCAGUAAAUCCAUGAAGGAACCGUCUCCAUCCGGUGCAACUAGUGCAGCGUCACCUUCCGACGCUUCGGUGAUGGGCGAGUCGGUCACAUCCCCAACCAAGGUGAACUAUACUGAUUUCAGUACGUAUCCACGCAUUUUCGAUAAGUUUAAGCGUCAAAAGUCGGCUCCCAGUGGGCAGGCUAGUGUUCGUGCGGGUACACCACCUCCGCUCGAAUUUACGAAGGCAGCUAAGACAACGCGCCCCAAGGGAACGUCUCUGGUGUCGCGCUGGACGUCCGAAAAGUCGGAAGACACAGAUAGCAACCGUUUCCUGCAGUACACCGGCAGCGAGCUGGAUGAGCGGGAAACGUCCGUAGAGCGACGCAUGCGCCAGGAACUGGAACGGGCCGAAUUCGAAGGCCCAGAGCUGGCCGUAACUGAGGAACAGAAGCAGCUCGAGGAAUAUGACAAAGAGAACCGCGAAAUUCAUCAGCUAUCGGCGGCUCGGCACGAAGAGUUCCUGAAGCGCAAGCCACCGAUGGAGCGUCAGGAGUCGGAUCUUGCCUCGGAAGAGGAGAAACAAUUCUGGGCCAGCUCGCUUGGUCAAAAGAUUCGCCAGAAUAUCGACAUGAACAGCAACGAUCUGGACUUCCUGGACGAGGAGGAACGUCUGAUGGUGGCCAAAGAAGAUGAGGCCAUCGAUCAGGAGGCACGCGAACAGGCUCGUUACCUGUUGGAGUUGAGCAAGCAGCGCACCGAAAAGGAGCUGGAACGUCGUUCGUCCACACCGUACACGAACCAAGAGUGUCAGUCUUCUGGCAGUUCCAGUGUGCGCCGUCGAAAGGGUGUGCUGGAGGAGAUCGAUGAUGAUGAGUUCUUCCUACGCCAGAAGGGUAUUUCCAAGGACAAUAUCCAGAUGGGCGAGUACAUCAGUUCCGCCAUUAAGGAGGGUUUGAGCCAGCCAAAGAACGCACUGGCAGACAUGGACCGUUACGAUUACUACGAUGAAGAGCUCGACCGAGAGCAGGACGGUAUGCGCAGGUACUACCAACCGAGCUUCGAAUCCGACGACGUUUCCAACCAGCAGAGCUCCUUCACUGACGAGUACCGUGGUGGUAAGGGUGCUGACUUCUAUCGCACCUUCCCACCGGAUCGUCCAAACCGUAAGCAGAAAAAGGCAACAGAUCAAACCGUCCCACAGGACGAUCAGGACUAUGGCCUAGAGGACGACGAAGAAGAGGAAGACCUUGGGUUCUUUGAUCGCCAGCGUACGAAGUAUGGCAGUGAGCAACCGCAACUACUGCAAUCGGCAGCCGCACGCUACAUGGACGACGAAGACGACGCAUCGGCCAUUGGUGGUUCCCUGCCACGGCAAGCCAUGCUGGCCGGUACGGUUGUCCCGCCAACUCCACCAACACGUCAUCGCAAGAAGCGCUUCCGUGAUGUGACACCAUCGGACGUAGGACCAUCAUCAUUCACGAACGGCGGUUUCGCCGUAGGAAAGUCCAUCUCCAAUAACUUCAUCUCCGGACCACCUCCCACGACAACGAUGGCUUACCGUGCGGAAGUACCACUCGCUCGGGAGGAAAGCUUUGGUACGAUUCCAGCACCGACACCGCGACGUUCGCGCUCACGAUCUCAGAUUUCCAAGACCCUCGACGAUGACGAUCGUGUUUCACGUGGCGCUGAGUCUCUGAUAGGAGGAAUUAUCGAUCGAUCGCCUGUCCCAGGUAGGGACUCCUAUUCUUACGAAAUUUCCGAAACCAAUGGAUAUGCCACUGUACGCAAAGAAGCACCACCGCGUCCACCGGCACCGAUUCGACGUCGAAAGUCGACAAGAUCGCUCGACGCACCACCACCGCGUCCGUUCAACACCCUACCCAACUACCAUCACUCAGUGUCGCCCGUCCGGCCACAGCGCAACUACAGCACCAUUAACCCGAACCGUCCACCACGCAGGAAGUCCGUCACCAGCUUGACCGGUGAGCAGCAACUGAAAUCGUCCAGUCUUAGCAAGGACGAUGUAGCGCAGUAUGAGGACGUGAUCGAUCCGGCGCCUCCACUGGGACCCAAACCUCCCCUGCACUCGGGUGACAUUGCGAACAAAAUGAAGGAUCGUCCACUGCCACCUCCACCGCGUCCCACGCGUAAACCACGUCGCCCGGACGGUAGUGAUCAUCACGAUCUGGAUGGAGGAGCCGAAAGAAUGGUGUUUUCCUUGCACGAUACCUCCAUCGAGGAGGUAGAGACGGCCACCCAAACCGAUCCGGUCUCGGAAGACUUUGGGUUGGACGCGGAAAUAGCGGCCGUUACGGAGCGAGCAGCCCGGGCCCACGAUGGUGAUCAGUUAGAGGGCGCAUUGAACCGAUUCCGGGAAGGUAACGCAAAGGCACUCUCCGAGCGUCCUAAAUCAUCGCGCUCUGGUAGUCGUCCGGAGACACCGGCCUCAAUUCUGAUCGAGCGAAAGGUAUCGACGCCCUCGCUAAACCAUGAAUCUAUUGUGGAGGCCUCGCUAACAGUGCAGCCGCUGGAGGAGUUCGAUGACGAUCAGUACAUCGCGGAACUGGUGAAAAAGUACGUUUCGGAAGAGCGCAAACCGGAACCACGCAAGACAGACACAUUCGAGCGACGGUUCCGCAAGAGCACAAACAGCUUAACGCGGGAGGACGAAAUUCGUCCAGUCGAAGUGAGCAACACGCUACGGACCCCUACGAUGCGCUCGUCGCGCACUUCCGUAGAUGGACGACUGUCGGCGACCACUCCAGAACCUUUACGCAACGUCGAGAUCGCACCUAACGUGAUCGAAGAGAUUGUGGAGCGACUGCGUACGACGGAACAGCAGCAUAUCGAUGAGCUCCACAAACUCCACCAGCAACAGUUAGAAGAUUUGCGUCGUCAGCACGAAGAUCAGAAGCGGCUGCAGGAACAAAAGCUCGAGGAACAGCAGCGACAGUUGCUCGAUCAGCAGAACCAACAGUUGCUUCAGACACAGCAGCUCAAAGAGCAGAUCUUGCAACAGCAAGAGCACCAGAAGAUGUUGCUAACACAGCAACAGAAUCAACAGCAGCAGUUACUUGUGGCACAACAACAGCAACAGCUCCUGAUGGAACAGCAGGAAAAGGAGCGUGAGUUGCAGCGUGAAAAAGAGCGCGAACUGCUAAAAGAGCGUGAACAAGAGCUAGAACGCGCAAGAGAGCGAGAACGAGAGCUGCAUCUAGCUCGAGAACUGGAGCUGCAGCGUGCCCGAGAAGUUGAACAGCAGCGUGCUCGUGAUUUGGAACAGCAAAGGAUACGCGAGAUGGAGAUACAAAGGGCACGGGAGCUCGAGCACCAACGGCUACGUGAGCUCGAGAUUCAGCGAGCGAUCGAGGCAGAACAAGCCCGCCAAAGAGAGGUUGAGCUGCAACAGCAGAAGGCUUCGGUCGUGCAGGCAGCUUCGAAAGAACCCAAAGAUCUACCACUUGCCAGCGAAGGAACUGCCCAACAGAAAGUAGCAACUAAAUUGGAUGAACCUUUGACAACCGCUCCUCUGGUAGAUGGCGCUCCAGCCUCUUCCUCGGUGGACGUUGUAGAUGGAGCCGCUGCUCUGACAACUCCAUCCGGCCUGCAAACGGAUCAACCUCCGAUAAGACCUCCUCUGCCUUCAAUGACGACACCAUUCGUCUACCAUCCAGACUUUUUGUCCUACCAUGGUGUUUCACCGCCAUCGGCAGCUGCUGCUGCCUCUUACCUAAUGCGUGGCGUUCCCUCGGAUGAGGAUCUCGGAAUGACACCAUCAGCACCGCAGCGCCGUCGCCGUCACCAUCGCUCGAAACGGGAAUCUACCUCGGAGGAGGACUUCCAGCGGGAACAACGUCGUCAUCGACACGGUACCCGUUCACCGGAACCCUCCAUCCCGACGCUCGGUGGACAGCUGGUGCGAGCGUGUGGUUCCUCCAUUCGACAGACUGGCGAUGAUCUGAUGGCGAUGCUGCGCGCUAGCAGCAAAGACGAAAACAAGCGCGAUCUCCACAUUGCCAUCAUCAUACUGAUCGUGAUUGUGGCGGGUUUAAUGGCGCUCGGCAUGAGCGGUGAAAAGGCAGUUCACCAUCACCACUGGGACUACUUUAGCCCGCCGGGGCAUGGUAGCAGUGCGUAGAGCUACAAUUCGCCUUAGCGUGUGGGUGUGUGUUCGUUUUUAUUACUGAUACGACGAUUCCCUCGUUUUCCUUCACAGCGAAAAACUUUACUAAUGUAGACAUUUAGUACACACAACGUACUCAUGCAACUCAAAAACAUUUUUAGCGGUUUUACGAUACAGCAAAUAUGCUUCAUUUGGCAUAACUGUUAGAGAGAUGUGAACGAACAUUUUAAUAAGAUUCUUUUGUGAUGUGAACUUCAUUCUUUUCUGCUAAGCCUUAAAGUAUGCAAUUCGCAGUACAAAACUAUCACGUCCAUCUUUAUAAACCGUUUCGUGAGUCGGGAAAUGUUCUGCACAAUUAAAUGCUUGUUAAAAGUGACACACAAACGAUGUUAAAAGUAUCUCAUCAAGAUCACGUGUUGUCGUGUAAAUUUUCACGAUCCUAGAUAUUCUUUGACACGCAUAGCUAAUUGUAUACAUUGGACACGAUCAGUCUACUUAUCUAGAUUACGAAGCUCGAUCAACUUAACGUUCAUUCUACACGAUACAAAAAUGCUGCAUUUCACACACAUACACAGUGACACACUUCCGUUUAAGCACAUCCGCAACAAGUCCUUUCUCACUUGGUGCACACACUGGAAACGUUUGGUUAGCAAUUCUCAGCCUACUAGAUUCGUACGUGGGAACUAAGGUAGUAACAUUGAAACGCUUUCCGUUACUGUGAAAUAAUUGCUGCCAGUCGCCAGAUACAUACGCCAACAGAUCAUUUAGCGUCAUUUUUCUUCCAACGAAUUGUGAAGUUGUUUUGCUAUACCGUUUGUUGCUUAUCGCCUUUUUACCCACUGUGUCCUUACCGUCUUUCGAUGAUAACACUGCUGUUGCUGAUGGUGAUAUAGUGCAUCAUUCAUGUUUUAAUGGGCUAGUUCCUUUGAAUGUUUGUUUAAUAUAGUACCACAGUCUGGAGUUUUGUUCUGCACACUUUUGUUGUUACACUUACAUAAGUUAUACACUGCUAGUUUAUGUUUUCCGUUUUCAUUUUGUGUCGUUUCUACGAAACACAUUCGAACCGGAUUGGCAUAACCCAACAACGGGGCUUGUGUUUUGGAGAAACAGGCGAGAGUUUGUGUCUAGUCAUAGUUUAGUGCUACCAUUAAUUUAAUGUUAAACCACUCAAAAACGAACGUUGACAAUCCCAAUCCACACCAAAAAAAAUAUACAUACACAAGACAUGUAUAUGCAUGCAAGUUCUUUGAUCUGAUGGAAAAGAAAUAUGAAAACGAAAAUCGAAUAAAUCAUGAAGACAUGAUUUUAAUUGAGUUCCCCCCGUGUUCGCGAACGUUAUUAAAAAGCCGUGAGUUUUCUCUCUCGGAUCCCCCUUAAGUAGUUGCAUAUUUUGUUGGAUUUUAUUUAGUUGUUGGUACUGUUUUAAGUUUGCUCCAAUUUUCUGUUAGCGUAUACGAACGAGAGGUAUGGAAGAAUUCGAACACUCGCGGGUGGAUGUGUAAUUUUACAAGAAAAGAAAAAUAUAGUUGCAUUAUGGUUAAU